AUGAGUAACAGCAGCCACACUCUGCCUCUCGUGCUGCCCCUCACGAGCUUCGGCAACGUGCUGAUGUUCCUCUUCAACAUCCUCCUCGCCGCCGCCAUCAUCUUCCUCAACGUGUCCGUGUCGCUCGCGAUACUGCUGAGCGGCGCGCUGCGCGGGGAGAACCGCUUCAUGUACAUGCUGAGCACGUGCCUCAGCGACGUCUGUAGCGGCGUGUCCUACUACUACGCCGGCGUCUUCGACGUGAGGGACAGCUUCGGCUCCCCCACGAGAACCUAUCACAUCGUACCCACGUUCCUGGGCCUGUCUUACCUCGCCAUCCUGGCCGCGCAGGCGGACCGGUACCACGCGGUGGUGUCGCCUUUUAAAUACUCGCAGCGCAUGACGCGCAACCGGACCCUGCUGGUGAUCCUGUCCUACUGGGUCUACGCGUUCCUCAUCGUGGCCGUGAAUAACGUAGUGACGAUCGGAGUGGCCGCGAGGAUCACGAGCAUUGGGUCCUUUAUGGGGAACAUAUUGACGGUGAUCAUAAUGAUAGGGCUCAACAUCAAGCUUUUCGUGAUAGCCAGGUUCCAGCUGGAACGCGAGCCGCCCUCCGAGGAGAGGGACAGCCGGCGCUCGUCGGUGUAUCUCAUCCUGGUGGUGGCCGUGUUUUUCCUCGGCACGUGGCUCCCCAUAUUCUGUCAUGUCAUAGUGUGCAAUUUCUUCGGGACGACGUGCUACACGUUCAAGAACGAAGGCACCAACCCGCUGCGCAUUCUGCCCCGGGUUAACGCCGCCCUGACGCCCCUCCUGUACAUCAGGGGGUGCUCCGCGCUGCGCGUCGCGCUACUCGCCGGGGUGUGGAGACCCCGCUGCGGGGGCAGGAAGGUGGUGGCACGCUGUUAA